CUCAAGACUAGUUUUAGCCCCUCUUUAGUCAGGGGUGCUUGAAACUUUAGCCUCUUAAAGAGACUAUUUUUAGUCAGACUAAACUAAUUUCCUUGGAUCCCAGCACCCUCUAAAUUUCUCUCUGUUGCCCCCUUGUGCUGUUAUCUCCUUGAUUUUAACUGGUAAGGAAAAUACCUGGACAUAAACAAAUUCGGGAUUGCCAAAUCUGCUCUCGUCCACUCCUUCCUUCCUCCCCGCAAGAGACAGAGGCUCCCGUUUCUCAUUCUUCCCCCGACCUGACCUAGCCGCCAGUCGCGAGAGCUGCUCCGCCGCGUUCUUCCCCCUCCCCUGCCUUCCAUUGCUGGCCCAAGGUGUUGUGUGGGAUUCAUAUGGGGAUUUGAGUGGGAGGGGCUGGAUUGACGAAGGGGUGUGAUGGAUCUGAAAAGUGGGUAUGAGCAAGAGUUAGACAGAAUUGGGGGGUUCAGUGGAAGGCAAGCCAACAAAGGGGCAUAAGAUGCAAGGCGCACCAGCUGGGGGGGUUAAAAUCAAUUCUCCCGACCCGGACGCCCUGCCUAGACCGACACGCCGCACCCUUCCCCGUCCUCCAACUCAAGACGCCCUGCUGCUGCCGCGCCAGAGCCACCCAUCACGCCCAGCCACCAGCGGCCAGCCACAUCAGUCUCCCCGGCGGCCGGUGGUGUGCAGGCGUGCACCCUGGGACCUGGGGCCUGGAGACGUGCGGCAUAACAAGCUAGCAGCUGGGGGCUGAGCAGCAGCCUGCAGCCACUUUUUUACAGAGUCAAUUUGCGGUUUGUCCAGAGCCGAAGUCGGAUAUUUCCCCGUGUCAGGUUUAGUUGGAUUUUAUGGUGGAUGAAGGAGCAGCACACCAGGUGUCCCCACUGAUGGUGCCAAUGUCCAAGGAGGAAGCCCGGCGCCGCUUCUUUGAUUUUAUGACCAAGGUUACGCAAUAUGAGGAGCUAGUUGAUGCAGGAAAAAUGUUUCUUGUAAAAUUUCAUCAGGAAUUAGAGCAUUUUCGAAGACCAACGAUUCCCAUGGAAUCAGGUGCUGUUAGUCAGUUAGUCAAAUCUAACUACACUGAUCGACUGAAGUCCUAUCUUGAAGCAGGAUGCCACCUUCAGCACCAAAGUGUCCGGAAUAUUAACCAGUUACAGUCUUGCGAGGAGAAACUUGAGGACCAUAUAAACAAAGCUAAAGUUUUGAUUGAAGAACUUGAAUGCCUGGCCGAGGAUGUUUAUAGCACUACGCUAACAGCCAGCCUUAGUAUCUUAGAAGCUUCAGAUUGCUCUGAUGGUGAUAAUAACCUGCCAGCAGAUUGUUGUGAGGAUGAAGGGCAAUCUGUGGAUCCGCUGGACAGCGCAGUAUCUUACUCGAGUGUUAUGAUUCUGGUUCACAAUAUGUUAAAGCUGGAUUACUCGAUGCAGGAGAAGAUAGUCAAGGCACUGAGCCUUAAAACACCAUCGUCGGAGCUAGAUGGCUAUUGUCUGAUGUGGGAUUUGCGGCCAUAUGUUGAUGACAAUGUGAUGCAUCUUGCCUGGAAAUUCAUUUCAUAGAAGCGGAAGCGGGACCAUGCUUGAUGAUAAACUGAGCAGCGUGAACAUUAGUGCCUCAUAGACAAUGAUUUUCCUGCAAGUAUCCCCAUUUACCCUUAGCAGUUUAAAUCUUUCAGAGAUAUUUCUUGAUUCUUAAGUUGGCUAUUUCCUAACUUUUGUUAGUUAGGCUUACCCUCCAAGUUUGUAAGUUGGCUAGCCUAGCAAUAUCAGUGAAUAGACAAAAAAUCAUCUCUCCCAAGUUUCUCCCCUGGGGCAGCCUUCUCUUGGCUGGGUGUCGCAUCUCAUCUCUCAUCUCUCCAAGGCGAUCUAAGACGAUUCAUAAGAAACAUAAUGGCAGUUUGGUGAUCCAGCCAUCUUAACCAAACUGAAUCGAUAUUUUCCUGGUUUGCAUUCAA